AUGGGCUCCAAGGGAGAGGAGGUGGCGGUCGAUGUGCCGUCGAAGGACCCGCAGAAGGAUGCCACCAUCAACGAGAAAAAAAAGAAGGAGAACGAGCGCAAGAUGAGCGAGGAGGACAUGCGCAUCAAGGAGGAAGUGGAGCUGCUUGUGGCGCGAGCCGCAGACAGCGACGUCGACAUCGCCAAGAUCGCGGUGGAGCGCCUGGUAGAUCUGCUUCGGACGAGCAGCAGCGGCAGUCUGGCCGCCGUGCCACCACCACUGAAGCACGUGCGCGCCUUGUAUCCGGAGCUGGAGGCGGCGCUCAAGAGCUCCCAGAGCCCAUCUGUUUCGCGCCGUCUGCACGACCUCCUCUCCUUUAUCUCCAUGACGCUGGAGUCCAACAACGGCGGCCGCACACUGCUGGAGCACAAAUUGAAGGGCACAAAGAACGACCUGGCGCAGUGGGGCCACGAGUACCUCCGCUUUCUCGCCGGCGCCAUCGGUGAGGAGUGGCGCGAGCGGCCCACCAACAAGGAGUCGACCGACUACCUGAACGGCUUCGUGGACCAGAUCGUGUCCUACAUGCUGGCACACCAAGACGAAGCGACGGCGAUCGACUUACUGAUGGAGAUUGACGGCGUCACGCGCAUUCUGCCGCUUGUCGAGGCGUCGAACUACAAGCGAAUUGCAAACUAUAUCGCGGCAAUCAGCAAGUACCUGACUCGCCCGUCGGACAGCGAGGCGCUGCGUACGGUGUACGAUAUCUACAAGAAGAUGCAAGCCUAUCCAGAUGCCGCGCUCACCGCCCUCAGGCUGAACGACCGCGACCUCGUCGCGGAACUUUUCAGUGAGUGCAAAACCAAGCCGGAGCGUCUGCAGAUGGCGCUGUUGUGUGCCAGGCAGAAGUGCUUCCUUGAUCUGGAUGACGAGGAGGACGAGCUGCUGCAAGACGCGAAUGGCAAUAUGGGUCUCUCGCAGCUGUACCGCCACACGGCGCAGGAGUUCGACUCCAUGGCUCCUAAGACUGUGGAGGAGGUAUUCAAGAUGUCCCCAGAUGAAAAGAGCGGCCCGAAAGACCUGCAGAACAACUUGGUCUGCGCGUUUGUGAGUGGACUGGCCAACUGCGGCUACGGCACAGACAAGUUCCUCUCCGACACCCCAGCCUUCUUUUUCGAUCAGCGAGAGGACCGCAUCAUCUCCACCACAGCUGCCCUCGGCCUGCUGCACCUGUGGGACCACACGGAGGGCCUGCAGCAGAUUGACAAGUACUUUUACUCAGAGAGCACCUACGUGAAGGCUGGCGCGUGCCUCGCUUCUGGCAUCGUCAUGUGUGGCGUGAAGAAUCCCUUUGACCCCGCGCUAGGGCUGCUCUCGGAGCAAAUCAACGCGCGAGAGACAGAGGUGGCUAUUGGUGCGAUUCUCGGCCUCGGCUACGCCUACGCCGGAACGCGCAAGGAGGACGUCAAGGAGCUGCUCAUUCCGUUGCUGGCGGACUCGGAGCAGAAACUCUUGGUGCAGUGCAUGGCCGCCUACGCCCUCGCAACCGUGUUCGUGGCCUCUGCCGAUGAGGACAUCUCCGAGACCAUGAUGAACUGCCUCAUGGAGGUGCCGGAGAACAAGCUGAAGGAGCCAUGUGUGCGGUAUCUAAUCCUGGCGCUCGGCUGCAUGUUCCUGGGGCGCCAGGAGGCCGCGGACACCCUUCUCGACGCCACGCGCGCGCUGCCGGUGGCUAUCCAGCGCUACACGGAGAUCGUGGUGCGGAGCUGCGCCUUUGCAGCCACGGGCAACGUCGUCGUCAUCCAGAGCCUCUUCCACGUCAUCGCGGAGAACGACGAGGCGCCGGAGAAUGACGAGGAGAAGAACGAGGACGAGGCAAGGGAGGGCAACGCCAACGAGGAGGCAGCAGCGAAGCCGGAGGAGGAGAAGACGGCCCCACUGAAUCACAAGGCAGCGGCUGUGCUCGGCAUCGGUCUCGUGGCGGUCGGCGAGGACCUCGGGAUGGAGAUGACCAAGCGGGCCAUCAUUCACUCGCUGCUGGCGGAUACCGUUAGCAAAGGAAAGGACCCUAUGUCAGGACGGUGCGCAGUGCCCCUGGUCUACGCCCUCCUCUCUGCCGGCAACCCCAACAUGCCGGUUGUGGAGACGCUGAAUCGACUCGCCCACGACUCGGACCUGCCGACGGCCACCAACGCCAUUACGGCGAUGGGUAUCGUCGCGGCUGGAAGCAACAACGCCCGCGUCGCCACGAAGCUGCACAGUCUCUCCUCCUAUUACCAGAAACCCAUUUUUGCUGGCGCAACCUUUGCGGUGCGCCUGGCCGAAGGUUUCUGCGCGAUGGGUAAGGGCCACCUCACCCUCUCCUGCCUGCAGAAUGACAGCAAUGUGGUGAAUAUGACAGCACUGAUGGGUGUGCUAAGUCUGCUCCACAGCUCUCUGGACCUGUCAAACACGCUGCUUGGUGAGUGCCACUACAUGUUCUACGCCAUUACCCCGUCCAUUAGCCCACGCAUGAUGAUGGCUGUCAAUGAGGACAUGGAGCCUGUGGACUCGGUAUUGGUGCGUGUCGGCCAGCCAGUCGACACGGUAGCCCUACCGGGCAAUCCGAAGGCUAUCACCGGCUUUCAAACUCAAAAAACGCCGGUGCUUCUCAGCGCGACAGACAAGGUGGAAUGCGCUGACGUCAAGUACGUCCCUGUUGGAACGGUGCUGGAGGGUAUUUGCGUCGUCAAGGAGCGGCCCCAGGCGGAGUAG